CUGAGAGGAAUAUUACUACCUCCGUCCAUACCGCGAGCAACAUGCUGUCUUGUGGGAACGAAAGAGGACUGAAGUAUGACCUUCCGUUUUGGCGGACCGUGGCGAGCUUGGUGGGGAUCCUGCUGUCGGCGGUUCGCGCGACGUCGCAGCCUCUGGAGGUCUGCGCUUUUUCGAGCAGCUGCAACUGCUCCAGCGACGGCACGCGAGUGGAAUGUCAGGCGGUUUCCUGGCCCACUGUCCAGCCGGCCGACGGCAGCAGCGUGCUGUCGCUGUCCGUGACGGGGCUGCAGCAGCGCAGUCUCCUGCCGGCAGACUUCGGAAACCUGUCUGCUCUGGAGUUCCUCUCCGUCACUGACGGGCUCCUUUUCGAGGUCUCUCGAGACGUCUUUUCUGGUCUGUUACAAUUGGAAACUCUUGUUCUAUCAAGAAACCAGCUGAAAAUAUUUCCUACAGAUGUCUUCAUGGACAACGCACGUCUCAAGAACCUAGUCCUGUCUGGGAAUCCGAUCACACUUCCAGUAUCUGGGACGUUCCUUCGAAGCGAGUCUCUGCAGUACUUGGACAUCUCCAGCUGCAGCCUGUCAAAGCUUCAGCCAGAAGUCUUCUCAGGUUUUCCCCAACUCCAGGAGCUGCACCUCGGAAACAACAACCUUGUCGCGACAUGCAUGCCUCGGUUUGAUGAUGUGUACUUUCAGCUGGGCAGCGGUAAACCGCUGACCCUAUCCAACAGACUGGAUGAAGUGAGGCAGCCACCUUUGCUUAACAUUAACCGCACACAGCAGCGGAGACUUCCUGCACCCCCUUCUGGAUCCUGGACUCCUACAGACAGCCCACAGUUCCACUCCCUAUUAUCAAACCAACCUCUGUAUGAGACCAUAUCUCCUCCUUAG